AGAACUUCCAUUACCGGAAGGAAGUCGCAGUAGUAGUAGUAGUUGCUGGGCCACAGAUCCAAAUUCAAAAUUCACGCUCCGCUCUCUCUUCCCCAUUUCUCAACCCUAACUCAGUCCAAACCCCACUGCUCAAAACCCCCAUCUCCGAAGCCACACAUGGCUUCCCGCAACCCCUCCAACAAAAAGCUCGCCGCCGAAGAACCUUCUCUGGACAAGCGCCGAAAAAUCGGAGCCGACAAGAUGGGGCGACAGGCCGGAAGGGUCCGAACGCCGUUUUCAAAUGUCAGCAAUCGCUCAGACGCCAACGCAGCUGCCGCCGACGCCGACGCCGCCACCGUUGAUUUCACUAAAGAGGAAGUAGAGGCGUUGCUGACUGAGAAGAAAAAGGGGAAUCCCCAUGAUUCUAAGAAAAAGAUAGAGAAUAUGACGGAUCUUAUUAAGCGUCUCAGGCUCUGUGUUCGGUGGUUUAAAAGGAUUGAAGAAGGGUAUGUUCAGGAAAAGGAAAAGCUUCAGUCUGAGCUAGAGGCUGCUGAGAAGAAGUGCACCGAUACUGAGGCUGGGAUGAAAAGUAGGAUCGAUGAGUUGGAAGAGACUGUAUCUGAUUUGAGGAAAACUAUUUCCUCUUUAGAAGAAAGAAUUUUGAAGGAAGAAUCAGAAAAAUUGGAAGCAAUUAAUUCUUAUGGUAAAGAAAAGGAAGCCAGAAGUGAAGCAGAGAAAGUUCGGGAUGAGAAAUCAGCUGAGCUUCAGAAAGUUCGGGAUGAGAAAUCAGUUGCUGAGAGGAAGGCCAUUUCAAAUGAGGACUUGUACAAGAGAUCCCAGGAGUAUAAUAUGAGCCUGCAGCAGUACAAUAGUCGUCUUCAGUCAGAUCUUGAGACAGUUAAUGAGGCACAUAAACGACUUGAAACAGAGAAAGCAACCAUUGUUGAGAGCCUUAGCAAUGCAAGAGCCCACAACAAGGCAUUGCAAGAUCAGUUGGCAUCUCUUAAAGUUUCACAGGACGAGGCUGUUAAGCAGAAAGAAAAUUUAGCAAGUGAACUCAAAUGCCUUCGUGAAGAGUUAAAACAAAUUAGAGAUGAUCGUGAUCGUCAAUCGGAACAAGUAAAUGCUUUGAAUGGAGAAAUAGCAAAGUUCAAAGAAUAUUCAGGGAAAACAUGUACACAAUUGGAUACAUUGAUGAUUAAAACAAAUGCUCUUGAGGAGACUUGUUCAUCUCAAAAGGAGCAACUACAUAUACUGCAGCAGCAGUUGUUCAAUGAAAAGGAAAAGUCAAAGAUGGCUGAUUUAUCUGUUUCAGAAACACGAACAGUGUUUGAAGAGCAGAAGAGAAUUAUACGUGAACUACAAGAUCGAUUGGCAGAUAAAGAAUUUCAAGUAGUUGAAGGAGAGAAGCUAAGGAAAAAACUGCACAACACUAUCUUGGAGCUAAAAGGAAAUAUACGUGUGUUCUGCCGUGUGCGACCACUCCUACCAGAGGACAGUACGGGAAUGGACAUGGUUGUUUCUUUCCCUACGUCAACAGAAACGCUUGGUCGGGGCAUUGAAUUGGUACAAAGCGGGCAGAAGUACAAUUUCACGUUUGACAAGGUGUUUAAUCACGAGGCUUCUCAGCAGGACGUUUUCAUAGAGAUAUCACAACUGGUGCAAAGUGCACUUGAUGGCUACAAGGUGUGCAUCUUUGCAUACGGACAAACAGGUUCGGGCAAAACCUAUACUAUGAUGGGUAGGCCCGAUUCACCAGAUCUGAAAGGAUUGAUACCACGUUCUUUAGAACAGAUAUUCCAGGCUAGCCAGUCUCUAAAAGACCAAGGGUGGAAGUACAGAAUGCAGGCAUCAAUUCUGGAAAUUUAUAACGAGACCAUCAGGGAUUUGUUAUCAUCACAUAAAUCAAGUGGGAAUGACCAGACGCGAAUGGAAAAUAGUGUUCCUGGCAAGCAGUACAAUAUUAAACAUGAUGCAAAUGGAAACACACAUGUUUCAGACCUCACCAUUGUGGAUGUUUCUAGUGCGGAUGAGAUUUCCUCCCUCCUACGACAGGCUGCACAAAGCAGGUCUGUUUUCCGAACAGAUAUGAAUGAACACUCAUCCAGAAGCCACUUUGUCUUUACGUUGCGUAUAUGUGGGAUAAACGAGAAAACUGAACAACAAGUGCAAGGUGUCUUAAACCUGAUUGACUUGGCUGGAAGUGAAAGACUGUCAAGGAGUGGGGCAACUGGGGACCGGUUGAAGGAAACUCAGGCUAUCAACAAAAGUCUCUCGGCUUUGAGCGAUGUCAUAUUUGCUUUGGCAAAGAAAGAGGAGCAUGUCCCUUUUAGGAAUUCAAAGCUGACAUACCUUCUCCAGCCAUGUCUUGGUGGGGACUCCAAAACGUUGAUGUUUGUCAACAUCUCACCUGAUCAAUCUUCAACUGGCGAGUCACUUUGCUCUCUCCGCUUUGCCGCCAGAGUCAAUUCUUGUGAAAUUGGGAUUCCACGCCGUCAGACUCAGACAUCCACACGCUCCAUAGAUUCUAGGUUGAGCUAUGGUUAAAAGAGCCCUGACCAAAAUUAAUUGUUUAUUUGUUCUACCUUAGCGGCAGAGUGAAUGAUAUUCUUGAUGCUUUUGUGAUAAUUGUACGAGUGUAAAAUUUAGUGCAUUGAGCUUGUGUAAAUUGGUUGUUAUUGAGGCUUGGCUUUAGCCUCCAAAUGUGCUUCCAAUAAUUUGUACUAUUUAGGUGUGACAUGAUAGUGUUCAAUUUAUUUAGCAGCUUGUUGAUUCUAAAUGAAAUGAAACUUAACUGUUUGGUGGACUCA